AUGAAAAGUAUGAAAAAAGAGAGAGGAGUGUUAAAAUUGGUGCACCCUGGUAGAUUCAUCGAGAUUCAUAGAGAACCAAUUAUAGCAUUAGAGGUUAUGAGAAGGAAUCCAAGACACUCAAUUACUAGGCCAGAUGUUUUUAAGUAUCCUUGGAUUGUGGUCAAACCUGAGUCAAUUUUGGUUCCUGGUUAUGUGUUCCUUAUCGUUCCAAAUCACACAAUCUAUAACUUGCUAAAAGCCAAAGAGCAAAACAAUAAUGAUUCACUCUCUUUUCAACAACAACAUGGGGUUAGACCCAAUUGGUUCGGAGUUGAUCAUGCGAAGCCUAGCAUGAGCUCAAUCUCAACCAGUUGGAUCCAACCCACUUGCUUGAGAAAUGAUAUAGGUCAAGAUUCAGUUGACGUCGAGAUUGAUAAUGUGAAUUCUAAUAUGACACGUGUCUCGACUAGUUGGGCUCAACCCAUUUGUUUUAGAGAUGAUAUGGGUCAAGAUUCAAGAUCGAUUGAGAUUGAUAAUGUGAAUUCUAAUAUAACACGUGCCUCAACCAGUGGGGUUCAACCUACUUGUUUCGGAGAUGAUAUAGGUCAAGAUUCAGUAUCAGUUGAGAUUGAUAAUGCGAAUCUUAAUAUGACACGUGUCUCGGCCCGUUUUUCACAAUUAAACCGAUAUUCUCCUAACUAUCAUGUUGAUAAUUGCAAAUUUAAAUAUGAUGAUUGGGAAGGAAAGGAUAAACUAUGGACUAAGAUGAAUAGUUGUGAAGAUAUUAAGAAGAGAUCAAUGGAACUUGAUUUAUCAUUGGAUGAAUCGACUUCGGAGUUUACACCUUACCAAUUAGCUGUACAAUAUUAUCAAAAUCAGUACAAAAGGGGUAUAGAUUUGGAAAUGGCUAAGAAAGAUGUUAAGUUGGAGUUUGUGGCUAAUGAACAAGUUAACAACAAGUUGAAAUCAUGUUUAAGGAAACCUAACAGCGUUCGUAAGUGGUCUAAUCUUACGGUAUCAUUUGACAUAUCAAUCAAGAAAGAGGAGUAA